UGUGUGUGUUUUGCUGGAGAACGCUGUGUUUGUGUGUGUUGCAGCAAUGGUACACAGCCACCAUGAACCUACUGGGGACCUGGCUCACUGAGCGAAUGGACCAGCAGCUCCAUGUUUACCAGCUGAAGAUCCUCAUCAGGAUUGUCAAGAAAAAGUACCGUGACUUCCGUCUGCAGGGGGUGCUAGACUCCACCCUGAACAGUAAGAUGUAUGACACGGUGAGGAACAGACUGACCCUGGAGGAGGCCAACGCGUCCAUGAAGGAGGGAGGCAUGGGGGGAAUCUCCAUGAAGGACAGUGACGAAGAGGACGAAGACGACGACUAGAGCCUGGCACCACCCAACACCGGAACUGGCACCUCCCUUUACCCCUGUCUGACUCCUGUCUCCACACCCCACCCCCGACCCCC